GACUGGUGGAACUCGGUCGGCUCUUUUGAUUGGCAGUCAAAGCUGGGGACGUGAGGCGGUCGUCGGUGCCGGUGCUGCACGGAUAUCCUGGAAAAGCGAAAUGGAGGGGUGUGUAUCUAACCUAAUGGUCUGCAACCUGGCCUACAGCGGGAAGCUGGAGGAACUGAAGGAGACGAUCCUGGCUGAUAAAUCCCUGGCUACUAGAACGGACCAGGACAGCAGAACUGCAUUGCAUUGGGCCUGCUCAGCUGGACACACGGAAAUUGUUGAAUUCUUGCUGCAGCUUGGCGUGCCCGUGAAUGAUAAAGAUGAUGCAGGUUGGUCUCCGCUUCAUAUUGCUGCGUCUGCUGGCCGGGAUGAGAUUGUGAAAGCCCUUCUGGGUAAAGGUGCCCAAGUGAAUGCAGUCAACCAAAAUGGCUGUACUCCCCUACAUUAUGCAGCUUCCAAAAACAGACACGAGAUCGCCGUCAUGUUACUGGAAGGUGGGGCGAAUCCAGAUGCGAAGGACCUUUAUGAGGCCACGGCAAUGCACCGGGCGGCAGCCAAGGGUAACUUGAAGAUGAUUCAUAUCCUUCUGUACUACAAAGCAUCCACAAAUAUCCAAGACACUGAGGGUAACACUCCUCUACACUUAGCCUGUGAUGAGGAGAGAGUGGAAGAAGCAAAACUUCUGGUGUCCCAAGGAGCAAGUAUUUACAUUGAGAAUAAAGAAGAAAAGACACCCCUGCAAGUGGCCAAAGGUGGCCUGGGUUUAAUACUCAAGAGGAUGGUGGAGAGUUAAGCAGCUCAGAUUCAUUCUUCCUGUGUGCGUCUCAUGCUUGUUCCCAGCGCCCAGGAAGCUGAUGUACUCGUGCCCGAAGCACCAUCUGUGGAUGACGGAAAUCUUUGCUCGUCUUCAGCGUCCUAUAAACCUGUCGAAUAUCGUUUCUGCUGAGGUGUUUGGUCCAAGCUUGCAACUUGCUUUCCAGGCAUCAAUUCACUGUUGAGGUUGUUCUUCUGUUGUUGUGUAUGAUUCCAUACUGAAUCUUGGUUAAUUUCGAGUAAGCGAUUGUGUGGCUGUUGUGAGUCUUUGGCACCCUCCCAUGCACCCUCGAGUCCCCUGUGAGGGUAGCCCCAGGCCAUUUGUCGCCGCCGGGUGUUCCUAGGGAGGUUCUCAAGUGUUCCCCCUGUCUGCUCGAAACACAUCCUGACUUGUCUUUCAAGCCCACUCAGAAGCCUAUACCAAAUAUUUCUGUUUUUCACAAUGUGCGCUGCAACUUUAUUUUUGUUACAGGAGGAAUACCUAUAUAUUUUAAAGGACCAAAUUUUCUGUCAGAGGGCAUGCUACCCAAAUUCAGAAUUAGUAAACACUAAAAUAAUGAAAAAUAACAGCUAGUGUACCCAUGAAUCUUUUUAAUAAGCCCUUACCUUCCAAAAAAAAAUGUAUUGUUUUUAAAAAGGAAGUUUGAAAGUAUGUAUAUUAAGUCAUCAUCCUGUAGUGCAAAGAAAUGUUAAGCUUGUUACCAUGAUAUGUAACAAAAAUGAAUUCUGAUUUGUAUUUCAAAAACCAAAAAUAAAAUGUUGUGAGAAUCUCCCA